UGAUGUAUUUUUUUUUUUUAUAUAUAUAUACCGAGGCGCACCUUUUUUUCCCCUUGUGGUCGGCGCGUCAGGGAACGCGCAUCGGGAACGCGGACGCGCGUGGGCUUUUCUGGGCAUUUUUGGAAGUGUGGUUGAAAUCAAGUGUUUGAAAGUUGCACGCUUGUCGCUCGACUGCGGAAGGGCCUGUGUUUUCUCUCUCUCUCUGUGUGUGUGUGUGUGUGUGUGUGUGUGUGUGAGAGAGAGAGAGAGAGAGAGAGAGUGUGGAGAGUUUGUUUCUCCUCUUCCCCUCCCCCAUCAAUUACUGAGCUGUGGAGACUCCGAGGCCAAAGACAUGAAUGCAGUGAAUGUGGCUCUCACUUCAAAGGGAGCGGGGAGGGGAGCGCGGCCACUGCUGUAAUGUCGUCGGGGAAAAGAGCAACAAAGUACCGGGAGUCUUCAAAGGAAACGGGGGGAAGAAAACCCUACCUGGACGCGCUGUCCGUCGGUAUCCCCUCUCCUCUCCUCUAAAUCUGGACUAGUCGCAUUUUCCCCCAUUUUACCUUCAUCUUUUACCGUGUGUUUGGACGCCGUCCGCGGCCGCCUUCCUCCCAGGGAGCCAGCCAGAGCUCCACCACGCGAAAUCCAACCAACAAUCCUAUCAACUUAACCAGCUAGCAUAUCUACCCGUAUUAGCCGGUUAGCUACUUUAGCAACCUCGGCUAAUAUCUCAAAUGCUUCUUGUGCUGCUUUGGCACAGAGCGCUAGGCCUUUUCUUUUUUUCUUCUUCUUCUUCUUGCUUUCUUUUUUCAUUUCAUUUCUCUGUCGUUGAAGCCAAGCUACCGAGAACUGCAAUGUUUUCCAACUCCUCUACGAAGCUAGCUUGUUUUGUUUGGGGCUAACUUAGCUAGCAGGCUAGCUAGUUCUAGCACCUGGAAUUCACACACAUUGUUUCUAGAUGUAUACUCUGUGGUUAUCCAGAUUUAUCCAAUUUAUAUGAGCAUCAGAUACUGUAUCAUAGGAAUAGCCUGCGAUUUAUAUGGGUGCAGUUUGUUUGAAUGGAAAGCUAGUUCAUUUAAAGCUUAUUGUUGUAUUUUUCCCCUUCUAGUCCUAGGAAGUUUGAUUCUUCUGACUUGAUAUGAUACUGAAUUGAGUGUUUAGUUGUUAGUCCAGAGCAGAUUUCUGAGAAGGUUUUCAGAGUUGUGCAGGUAGUUUAAUGGUAGAGCCUGGAAGAAAAGUAUACAGUUUGAUCCAUUAUCAGAUAAACCUGAGCUCUUUGAACUCAUACUUUCAGAGAUCAGAUAGGGAUAUAACCAUCUCGAGGUGUGAAUCUUCGAGUACGGUUUUCUUUACAAAGCAAGGACCAACUUCAGUGGUUUGUGCUUCUGAAAAGGUAUGAGAAGAGUUGCCAAGCUGCAGUUUUGCUAUCAGAACACAACCAUUUUCAGGCGUGUACUUUUUUGAAUAGCUACCCUUUAUAGGGUUAGUCUAAUUUACAGCUCACCGACGGUUUAUUUUAUCCUGGUCUGCCUGAAUGUUGCCACGUUACGCAAAACAAGGUACCCCCUGCAUACCGGCUACCGGAGACGAGAACCAGAACUCAAGGAGGAAUUAUUUCAUAGUGGCAUUAGAGGAAAUCUGGAUCUGAUUUUUGCGGAGCGUGGUCUGAGCUGGGACCGGGUGCAUGGACGUAGUAAGGAUGAGUGUGAAAGGGAAGGCUUACCCGGCGGACCUUGGGGGCAGCUUCACUGAGGAUGCGCCCCGUCCCCCUGUCCCGGGUGAGGAGGGUGAGCUGGUGUCUGGCGAUGUGCGCCCAUACAGCUUGGGCUUCUACUCCAUUAAGAGCGAGAGCCUCAGGUGUGAGACCUCCAUAGCCACACCAAGACGGCCCGAUCUGGACCUGGGCUACGAGCCCGAGGGCAGUGCCUCACCUACGCCGCCCUAUUUAAAAUGGGCCGAGUCGCUGCAUUCGCUGCUGGAUGACCAGGAUGGAAUCCACUUGUUUCGCACCUUUCUGAAGCAGGAGGACUGCGCUGACGUGCUGGAUUUCUGGUUUGCAUGCAGCGGCUUCCGUAAGCAGGACACCGGUGAGGGGAACGAGGAGAAGAAGCUGAAGCUGGCGAAGGCCAUCUACAAGAAGUACAUCCUGGACAGCAAUGGCAUUGUGUCACGCCAGAUCAAACCGGCCACCAAGAGCUUCAUCAAGGACUGUGUGAUGAAGCUGCACAUCGACCCGGCCAUGUUCGACCAGGCCCAGACGGAGAUUCAAGCCGUGAUGGAGGAGAACACAUACCCUUUGUUCCUCAAAUCGGACAUUUAUUUGGAAUACACCAGGACAGGUGGCGAGAGCCCCAAGCUGUACAGCGAUCAGAGCUCUGUAUCGGGGAACGGGAAGGUCCUGCCCGGCUAUUUGCCAACGGUGAACGAGGACGAAGAGUGGAGGUGUGAGCAAGAGACCGAGGAGUGCGGCGAGAGUGACCCGGCCCCCAGCAAUCGACUUACCCAGAAACUUCUCUUAGAGACGGCACCACAACGGGCAGCUAACAGCAAGAGAUUUCAGGACAACAGGGAGUACAGACAUGGUCCAUGGAGGGAACCAUUCAACCCUUACUACGUCAACACCGGCUACGCGCUGGCACCCGCCACAAGUGCCAAUGACAGCGAGCAACAGAGCAUGUCCAGUGACGCAGAUACCCUCUCCCUAACAGACAGCAGUGUCGAUGGAGUUCCUCCCUAUAGAUACCGUAAACAGUCUCGACGCGAGAUGCACGAAAGUGCCAAAGCUAAUGGGCGAGUGCCACUACCUCAUAUUCCUCGCACAAACCGGAUGCCAAAGGAUAUCCACGUGGAGCCUGAAAAGUUUGCAGCAGAACUCAUUAGUCGACUUGAGGCGGUCUUAAGGGAGCGCGAGGCCCAGGAGAAACUAGAAGAGCGUCUCAAGAGGGUGCGGCUGGAGGAAGAAGGAGAUGAUGCAGAUGUGUCCACAGCGCCAUCUCUGGCUAGCCACAGGAUGCCCCCUGCUGUGCAUGUGCAGCACUACACAGCACGCUACUCAGAUACAGCAUACAGUGUGCAGCCACUGCGUGACGCACACGAAGAGAACCCUGAGAGCAUCCUGGAUGAGCACGUGCAGCGCGUCAUGAAGACGCCUGGGUGCCAGUCGCCGAAGUCUCGCUCACCUGAUGGCCUUCCUGCAACUAAGAUGCCUGGGCAUAUUGCACCAUUGCCCGCUGGUCCAGGAAAACACCAAGCAAGGCUCGGACCAAAGGGUGAUCUGGGGCAUGCUUACCACCACAAACAUGCCCAUCACACACUCCACGCUGAGGGAGAGGGCAUGAGGCCAUGGAACGUAGAUCAGCAUCAUUAUGGCUCCAAGACCAGGAAUUACUCAGAUAGCAACAACACUGUGGAACCCGUUGGAUACAGCAGUAAAGGGGCCACACUUUCUAAGCGGCCAUACAAGAAAGGUGAGGACAAUCGGAACUUUGAGAUGCGAGAUACAGGUCCAGAGGAUAUCGACAGAAACCAGAAGAUUCUGCAGUGGAUGAUGGAAGGAGAGAAGGAGGCAGGGCGCUACAAGAAAAGUCCCUAUGGGAGCCUCACGGGCUCUAAGAAGGCGCAGGGUCACGAGUCAGGCAGGCCGAGCUCAGUUGAGCGGCCGGGGGCUGUGCACCCGUGGGUGUGCGCGCAGCUCCGCAACAAUGCCCUGCCCUCGCACCCCUUCAUCCAGGAUCCCACUAUGCCCCCGAACCCAGCACCCAACCCCCUUACACAGCUGGAAGAGGCCCGCAGACGACUUGAGGAGGAAAAGAAAAAGUCAGGAACCCUGCAGACCAAGCAGAGGUAUGUGAUGGAGGUGAUCCAGAGAGGACGCACUGCGGUCAGGCCUGCUGUUUUCCCCACACUUAACGUGGUGCCCGCCGUGUCCGACACGGAGCUCUCCGAAGCCCAACACAAGGGAAUGAAAAAGCAGCAGUGUGAGAACAUUACUGUGGCAUAUUACUUUUGUGGUGAGCCCAUCCCAUACAGGACCUCGGUCAAAGGAAGGAUUGUCACGCUGGGGCAGUUCAAGGAACUACUUACCAAGAAAGGGAGUUAUAGGUAUUAUUUCAAGAAAGUGAGUGAUGAGUUUGACUGUGGUGUGGUGUUCGAGGAGAUACGUGAGGACGACGCUAUUUUGCCCAUCUUUGAGGAGAAGAUCAUCGGCAAAGUGGAGAAGAUUGACUGAAGAUCAGGGAGAAAAGAUAGCAUGGCUUUUAAGGAGGUGCUACUUAGCAGCCAGUAAGGGAAGGAAGCUAAGAGGAGGUGCUUAUAGAUGGUACUACGUAUGUGUGUGUGGGCUAGGGUGGGGGUGGAGGACGGAUGGGGGCUCAGGAAGUAUGGGAUUUGUGGGGUGAGUGAAAAAGAGAGAGUUGGAGCACUGUGGGAUGUAUGCUAUUGACUCAAAGGCUUCUACCUCUGCAUUAGAGCCUUCUCUGGUUCCCCACAGGUGCCCUGUGCUACUGGUCACCGUGGUAUGCAGCCUUUGGACUUGAGGGCAGCACACACUCACCAUUUCGGUGUAUUUCUAACAUAAUGUAGCAGUGUAAAGUUUGGCUAGAAAAAAUGACUCGCAAAGUAAUGUUUACUAAAGCUGCAUAUUUUUGAUAUGACAUAUCAGUAGGAAGGUAUCCUUCCUAAUGCAACAUCUCUUGUAAUUUUAUAUGUACUGGUACCAUGUGUACAGUCUGUUUAAAACAACAAAAAAAAAGGUUUUUAUAACUAUUUAAAUAUUUAAAAUUAAUAAACCUAUUGGUAUGAUCUUAACAUUUUGGCAGAUCCAGCGUGAGAUGCUCAUAGUUCACAAGGCCCUUUUUCUCGCAGGUGGCUGGAAGAAAACCAGGAAUCACAGUCCAUGAUUUAAGUGCUUUUAACCUUUUAAACUCGAUAACGUGCACGCUCUUUACUCAGAGCAGCUCUAGGUCGCCCUACACUUUCUCUGUGAUGGUAGAGAGGAGUGGAUGGUAGCUUAUUGCAAAGGCGUUGUUGAAUGAUCAUGCCUUUAUGUUGAAGGGUUCAGCAGGGAAGCUGCGGUGUCAGACUCUGGCUUUGUAUGCGAGUAAUUCAUUGGUUUUACCUACAGCUGCUUCUCAUGCAAAAAAACAAACAAAAAAAAAACAAUAUGCACCACUCCCAUCAUCAUCAUCAUCUAGCCUGAAGAGAGAGAGUGUAUGUGUGUGUGUAAACUGGCCCCAUGAAAAAUGUCUGUCAGCAUUAGAUGUAUUAAGAGUAUAAUGAACAUUAUGGAAAAUAGCACAUCUGCAAUUUGUAAAAGAGCUAUUUUUAUACAGACUAUAUAUCCAUAACCAGAACAGGAGGAUUUACUCAGUUGCUGUCCAAGUGCUUGCAUAUUUUCAUAUUUGGAGUGCAGAGGAUCACUGGGGAGGGCAUCUGUAAGUGAAUGUGUGGCUGUGUGGAGCGCUGCUGUGUACCACCUACCACUAGCCUAUACAACGAUCAUGUUUACACUUACCUUAAUGUAUUACAAAAGGAUAAUUGAGUAACGAACUGUAGCCUUUUAGCUUCACAUGGCUGAAUUUGGUGCCUGUCAGGAAUUAUUAUUAUUAUUAUUAUUAUUAUUAUUAUUAUUAUUAUUAAUAAUAGUAUACAAUUCUAGACUUGGUCACAUUACACCAAAGAACAGAAUACUGUAGAAAAAAAACAAGUGUUGUCCAUGUCCAAUUAUUUUUUUUGUUGUAAUUUUCAUCCACCUGUUCUCAUUGAUUUCUCCAAAAGCUUUGUGUCAUGAGAUGAACAGUUUGUGUAUUAUUAGGGAAUUCUUGUUGGGAUGACACGCGGGAUGACACUUGUUUUAGCGUUUGCCACUGGAAAGAGGCAGACGCUGAAUGGUGCUGCAAGUAGACAAGCGUAAUGUCCCGGUCUCCCUUAAGAGGAUCUCGUCUUCCUGUGUUAAACGUUCUAUUGAACGUUUUAGGAUCCUUGUCUGUGUACAUUUUUUUUUUUGUCUUUUCUUCCUCACAUCAAAACUCUAUUAUUCCUUAAUUAGCUUGAACUAAAUGGGUACUUCGCUACUAUGGAACUAUUUUCUUUGACAUUUUCUUUUCUCUCCCCUUCAAGUCUGACUCAUUGUAAUUACAGUGUAAUUGUCAUCAUGCUUGGGCUUUUUCAGUGGGCAUGUAAAAGGGUUCAUAAUUACUGUGAAAAGCCUGAAAGUGAGCACCUCUCGCUUAAGAUGGAUUAACUGUGUAUAUAGUACAUUUACAGAGUGCCUUGAUGAGCAUGCUCACGCUCUGCGGUCUCAUCCUUUCAGCUCUUUCUGAUGCAUACCAGCAACGAGAACCAUUUUUAUUUCUAGCAUUGUUUGUUUGUUUCUUGUUUUUCCUCCUGUACAUGAAUCUGUUUUUCAUCUGAAGUGUUGUCACACAUUGAAUAAGCCUUUUAUAUGUAAAUAUGUAUAUUUUCUGUGUUUUCAGCCAGCAACCUGAUUUGGAUAUUUAGUGCCCUGGUUCUGCUUAAGUGUGCUGAGUUGUACAGUUAUCAUUUUAUGGUACUUUGGACAAUAAAGACAUGUAAUAAAACCUCCUA